UACGUAACAUAACACAUCGAGGACUGAAGGCCUAUAGGAGUGAUUUCUUGUCUAUUCUCGCCCAGCAGUGGUCCUAUCGAGUGGAAACGUGAAGUGUACAACAUGAAGACGAUGAAACGUCUUCUUGUUGUGGUCAUCUUUGUCGUCAUGGCCGGCAUGGCCGUUGAGGGGAUGUUCUUCAACAAGGCCUACCUGAACAAGUAUAACAGCCUACCCAGGCCGGAGCUGGAGGGCACUCCCUGUGGCGCCGACGACGACUGCGCCUCUAGCGAGUGUUGCACGAAGUACAAGCGGUGCAGGCCGAUUAUUACGAAGGGUCUGUGUCACCCCUACAAGAUCAUGCGCAAGGAGACCUGCGACUGCGAAGACGGCUUCACGUGUCAGGUCUUCCGCCAUCUGAGGUGGAAGGAAAUCUACAACCAGGAGGGAAGCUGCAUUCCGGAGGACCAAGCCAGGGAACUGGAACUGAAGACGUACGACGAGUGGAGUGACAAGAACCCCUCCGCUGCCAAGGUCUGGCUGGGCAACAAGUUCAGGAACAGGCUCGGGGUGGCGUCCGGCGUGCUGUGGAAGGGCGGCCGGGGGAGGAAACGCCGAAGUGCCGAGUAGAAGGCCGUGCGUAGGCGCGGUACAUGAAAGGCUGCUUGUAAACA